CGUUUGCUGCACUUGCCGGUUCGUGAAACAGAUACGCAACGUACCGUAGAAAAAUAUGAGACUUUUGAUGUAAAUAAAUCCUAACUAGCGGUACUCUUGCGUCAGUUCCACCGUCCACAAGCAGCUAUUUUUAACGGAAGUUAACGUGGGCCCCCGACCUCAAAACGGUUCGUUCCGGUUUCGCUCUGUACACACACAGGCAAGUGUGCAGUUUCGUGUCACGUUCCGUCGUGCGGUAGAUCGUGAAAAAAUCGAGAUUUUUUGUCACGUUUUUUUUUAUUGGGUGGUUCGGGAAUACGAGAAAAACAAGUGACGGCCGGUUUAAUCGGGAAGACGUGGUGUGCGGUUGGUACUAAAUAGCGGGCGGUUAAUCGUAAAUAAAUAACAAUCAAGCAAUAAAUCUCGCAAGUGUCGCCGCCGGUGGUAUUUUGUCGUGCGAUACUGACCUAAUCAAACAAAUCGGAAUUUACUGCAACAUAAAAGCUAGUGUGUUUUCGUACAAUCGUGAUAUAAAGAAGCAAGUUUCAACCUUCCAACUUGGCUAUGACCGGUGCUCCCAGCAUGGCUACCUCCAGCGGCAAGAAGCUAUCGAUGACCAAGCAGAACGAGCUGAACACGCUGGUCGACUCGUUGAUAAAGAGUAGCUUUAUGAAAACGCCCACCGUAAACGAGCAGUACGCCCAGUACCAGCAGAUGUACUCGGUGCUGGAGCGCAUCCGCAAGCUGGAAUCGGAGCUGAAGCUGAAAACCGGCAACGGAAAGCCCCGCCAGGCCAACAUCGAGUCGUUCUGCCAGUGGGCCAAGGAGCACGGUUGCCAGUUUGAUGGGAUUAAAAUUUCCGAAUUUUCCGGCUUCGAGCUGGGGCUGGAAGCGACGCGGGACUUCAGCGCGGGGGAAGUGUUUGUGACGGUGCCGCGGAAGCUGAUCUUUUCGGUGACGGCCGACAGUAAGAUCCCGGACAUUAUGAAGGACAUCCCGGUGAUGAUGGUGCAAAAUUUGUCCAAUUUGAUGCUGGCGCUGCUGCUGAUCGUGGAGCGCUUCCAGCCGAACAGCGUGUGGAAGCCGUACCUGGACGUGCUGCCGGAUCGGUACUCGACGGUGCUGUACUUUACCCCGGCCGAUAUGGCCGAGUUGAAGGGAACGAGUGCGUUCGUGCCGGCGCUGAACCAGUGCAAAAAUAUCGCCCGGCAGUACGGGUUCAUCAAGAAGUUUAUCCAGAGCAAGACGGCACUGCUGAAGGACAACUUUACGUACGAUUUGUAUUGCUGGGCCGCUUCGACGGUAAUGACGCGCCAAAAUCUAAUUCCGGUUAAUCUGCGGGAGGAGGGAGAGAAGGUUGAGGUGGAGGGUCAGGCCGGAGAGUCGGCCAAGGAAUCAGCGCCAAAUCCGGUGCUGAUUCCGCUGUGGGACAUGGCAAACCACGUCAACGGACAGAUCACCACCGGGUACAACGAGGCGGGCCAGCAGGUCGAGAGUUUGGCCCUCGGGGACUACCGUAAGGGUGAGCAGAUCUUCAUCUACUACGGCAAUCGGACGAAUGCGGACUUUUUGGUGCAUAAUGGCUUCGUCUACCCGGACAACGUCAACAGCGCCGUGGCCAUCCCGCUCAGCCUGAACCCUACCGAGGAGCAGUUCGAGCAGCGCAAGCAACUGCUCGAGAAGCUCGGUCUCGCGUCCAGCGGCGAUUUCAACGUCCAACGUGGCGGCGACUGCUUCAUCUCGCCCGAGCUGCUCGGUUUCGCGCGCGUUUUCAACAUGACCAAAGAACAGCUCGGCCACUGGCUGGGGGAAGGUGCGGUGCAAUCGCAGCUGCUGGAACCGGACUGUCCCGGGCUGGAGGCCAGCCUCAAGGAGAAGGUCUGGAAGUACCUUUCGAUCCGGUUGCAGUUGGCCCUCCGGAUGACCGGGACCACGCUGGACCAGGACGAGGCCCUGCUGGCCAACCAGGGCCAGAAGGGAGCGCAAAAGUUGGGCCACAUCAAGUCCAUGCUGGUGCAGUUUAGAGUCGUGGAGAAGAAGAUCCUGAGCGAGGCACUCGAGCACUGCAAGCAGAAGGAAGUGGACAAGAAGGAAGUCUGAGCAGAUUGAGGCUGAUUUGAGCCCACCUCUUGUGUUGUAUUCCUCUUAGAGUGAGCUUUCGCGCGCGCUUUCAUCUUUAAAUUCCAGUUUAGUCCUAAAACGCCUGCAUCAAAUCGCAUUUUCGUUUUCUCAUCGCCACCCGCCCGCCACUAGUUCUUAGCUGAAAGCUUUUCCCAUUUCCACGCUUGGUUUGCCAAACGAAAUUUAUCCCCCGAAUUUAGUUUCGGAGUAGCUCGGCUUCAGUAUUGAUUUUGUACAACUCACACACACACACACACAACACGCACGUGCGCCUAACCCUUUGUAGAUUGUAGUCAUUAAAUUAUUGUUUUAUGUUUUUUUUUGUUUUGAGCUGCCUUAUUUUCUUCUUUUAAUUGGCCCUACAAGAUAGACUGUUACGCAUUGAAAAGAAUUUGUAGAAUUUGCCAACCAACAUCAC